AGAAUAUCUAUCCAUCUUCUUCUCGUUCAAUGACAUUACAUCGCAAUUGAACAGUCCCAAUUGGGCUUUAUAUGCAGGAAACAUGAUACUGGGUCAGGUGUCUUGGCUUGAUUGCUUCGUCUUUCUUGUAUUUUUAGCGCCACAGCUGAUCAUUCAUGUCGGCUUCUUCCCAACACUCUUUUGUGGGCUGAGAGCUUUGCCAUUCUUGCUUUUGAGAUUACCCCUGACAUUCGUUUACGAACGCCUGCUUCUGAGCCGAGAAUACGGCUCUCCUUUUGUCCAACAAGCAUCAUGGUUUGAGGAUAUCGUGAUUCGAUGUGUGCGAUAUGCUUUUGCAUACAUUCCUGCAAAUAUUGGGCGAGUCUUCUUCUCAAAAUGGGUAGCGUUGCCAUUUUUGAGAUUUCGGAUGCUGAGACAUGGAUACAUUCGGUCCCCGAUUCAUUGGCACGAGGUGAACGAGAGUGGCUUCAAAGGCAUUUGGCUCAUCAAGGACCAACACAACCAUCCCGAUAUUGUGAUCUACUACUCCCAUGGCGGCGGCUUUUCAAUGGGCUCUUCUUAUUUCUACCUAGAAUUCUUCCUCGCUCUCCUUUCCUGUCUCUCCUUAAACUUCAACAACCCCGCUAUCCUCUCACUUGAAUACAGCCUCGUCCCCGACGCCUCCCACCCAACACAACUCCACCAAGCCAUUGCCGGCUACAGAUACCUGCAGUCUCUCGCCUCUCCAUCCAAAAUCGUAGUGAGCGGUGACUCAGCCGGAGCCUCCUUGAUCCUCUCCCUCCUUCUCUACCUCGGGAACAACAGAUCCAGAAUCUCCAACGGUGGGCUGGCUCCAGAGCUUUUCCUUCCGGGGAUGGCAGUCCUGAUCAGCCCCUGGGUAACUCUCAUCUCGCCCAAGGACAAAAACACGGCAAGCGACUACCUCGAUGCAGAUAACCUCCACCAAUACGCAAAGCAGUACGCUGGCACCAAGAUCUCAGUCCAUGAUCCGCUGAUCUCGCCUGGGAAAUGCAAGGAUAUUUCGUGGUGGCGAGAAGCGGCUCCAGACCACGGCUUCUUCAUUGCGUACGGAGCUGAGGAAGUCUUUGCGCCAGAAAUCAGAGAUCUGAUUGACUUAUUGGAGAAAGCUAACGUGAGAGUCGAAUCUCAGGAAGUGAAAGGCGGAAUCCAUGCUUGGCCUGUUGCGUCGCUGUUCCUGUGCUCCACGAGGGAGAAGAGGACGAAUGGCCUGAGAGAGAUCAUGAAGCAGAUUAGUGACAAAAUUGGAACCUAGAUUUCGGUAAUUGAUAGUUGAGUCAAUUAUCUAUUCGCUAUUAC